CUCCAAACAGCAAGACGGCUACUACAUCUACCUGCAAGGGACUGAUGAUGCUCUCUCCGGGUUUGUGGCUGUCCUGGUCGGUCCGGUGUGCAGCUGGGAAGGAACGCACUGCUUCCGCUUCUGGUACCACAUGUACGGAAACUCUGAAAUGGCCCUGCGGGUGUACGUGGCAAAGGACUCUGAGCAAGUGGAGGUGUGGAAUCAAGAAGGGAACCAUGGGGACAUGUGGCAUUUGGGAGAGGUGACGGUGCACAUCACAGGGAAUACGCAGAUUUUGCUGGAGGGACAGUGGGGCGAAGAUGCCCGGAGCAACGUAGCAUUGGAUGAUCUGUCCAUUGAAAAGGGAUCCUGUGCAGGUACAAGGCUUGACUGGGGAAAGGGCAGCUUGAGACAUGUCACCAACUGAGCUGGCAGGCUGUGCUAGAGGCAGGAGCACAGGUUGUCUCUGCAGUGCCCUGUAGGGCACUGAUGCCCCUGUGCCCAAGCCGGCUUUCUCCUGGGAGACUGGAGCACUGGCAAUGCCUGUUUUAGUCUGUGUGUUACAAGGCCCACAGACAGGACAUUGACCAUGAGACUGAAGUGCCUUACUUGCUUUUGUCACCCAGCUGUGCUGCUGGCUGAGCCCUUGGGUGGGAGGGUUCUUCCUGAGUUGACACGCUUCACUGUCUCUUCUGG